CCACGUCGUCUAUCCGCGUGAACACUUGUUUCAACGGGUGAGAUCACUCGUUGCAGAGUUACUGGUAAGAGCCGAACGGAGAAGCUGCUCUGAUCAUUAUUCCAAAUUUCUGGAGAAAUUUUCUCUGCGAUUUCGAUUGAUUUGGUCUGCGCAAAAUCCUCGCUAGGGUUUGUGUUUGUGGAAGAUGAAGGCUAUGGAGGAAGUUGUGGAGGAGAACGAAAUCAAGCGCUUGCGCAAGGAGGAGGAGGAGGAGUUGGAGGAUGAAGAGGACGGUGAUGCGACGGAGGACAGCGAAGAAGAAGAGAAGGAAGAGGACGCCGAGGACGACGACGACGAUGACGAUGAUGAUGGAGACGACGACGACGACGAUGAUCAGGAGGGAGAAGACGAGGACGACGAUGUGCAGGAGGUCGUACAGUCCUCCGGUGGUCCGCCGGUUCACUCGGUAGAUGACGAUGAGGACGACGACGACGACGAGGAUGACGAUGAAGAUGGAGAAGGCGGCGGCGGUGAUGACGACGACGACGACGACGACGAUGAUAACGAGGGAGACGAAGAAGACGAUGAAGAUGGCGAAGAAGAGGAGGACAUCGGCACCGAGUAUCUCGUGCGGCCAGUGGGGCAUGCAGAGGAUGAGGAGGAUGCCAGUGACUUUGAGCCUGAAGAGAAUGGAGAGGAUGAAGAUGUCGAUGAGGAGGACGAUGAUGAUGAUGACGGUGGCGGUGACGGUAGUGGGAAGGUGGAGGCUCCACCUAAGAGAAAGAGGUCGGACAAAGAUGAUUCUGACGGUGAUGACGAUGAUGGUGGAGAGGAUGAUGAGAGACCAUCCAAGCGAUAGGGCCUGGCCCCUUCUUGGUUUGAGGACUGACCAUUGACAAAUAGCAGCUUGGGCCUUGGAGUAUGGCAGUGCUUUGGUCCUUGGCAUUUGUGGACCUCGUUCGAUCCGAUAAUUGAGAUUGUACCACGUGUCCUCAGAUCGGGGGUGAUGACAACAAUUGUGGACCCCGGAAAAUAAAUUGUUGUCCGAUUUGGCUCCAAAUCGGAAUUAAUUUCCUGAUCCACAGUGAUAGGCCUGUUUAACAUGGGUUCAAUGGUCCAGAAAGACUUUACCGGUAGCCCAUUAGUUAUUCGUCAAUCCGAUUAGGCGUGUACAUCUGGACUUCAAUGGUCUUGCAAUGACAACGCAAUGGUUGAAAACGACACACAAUUUAUUAUAAUUCAUCAUCAAAUUUGUGAA